UGCUACCUUUCUCUCUCUUGCUUUUCUUGGCAACCAAAAGAUGACAUCCUUAUUCAAAUUGUUUGCCUUCCCCUGUUCUAUGCUUCCUUUUAUUUCUCUCUAUUUCCUUUUCAAGUUUUUCAUGAUUAGACAGAGUAUUGUUUUUUGUCUGCAGCAAUAUAAUCAUGCUCUUAACUAUCAAAUGGCACGGACGAGGAAAAGGCUAUGACCCACUUCUGUUUUCUGCUAUCCCAAAUUCCAAACCCAGCUUGUACAGGAAGAAAACUGGAGCGAUCAAGGUAAACAUAUCAACCCCAUCAGAGUCGAAUGCAAAGAAAGCAAAUUUAUCAGCUGCAAGGAAAGAGAGAAUUAAGCUACCAAGCUAUGAUGAUGGCUGUGGGGAUAAGACGCUUCAUAUUAGUGAAUUUCUAAGCCACCCUUCUGGAAUUCAAGCAAUGCUAAACACAAGCGCCUUGCAAGAUUUUCAAGCGCUCAACAAUGACACUUACAGGUGCUCUCUUCCAAAACUUAAACUUUUAAAUUUUGAAGCAGCCCCUGUGCUGGACUUACGAGUGACCCAGACAAAUGAAGAUUGCACGGUUGAGAUGCUUUCCUGCAAGUUUGAGGGUUCAGAGAUUAUGGAACGCCAAAACAACCAUUUUUCAGCAUUUAUGAUGAAUCACAUGAAAUGGGAGACAAAUGAUUUUGAGUCUUUUUUGGAGGUUGACGUGAAGUUGAAUCUCACUCUUGAGAUUUACACACGCCCGUUUACCAUGAUGCCUAUAUCAGCUGUUGAGCGUCCUGGAAAUUUAUUAAACCUUGGAACAGCUGCUUCUUGAACAUGCCAUGGUUUAACUGUCAUUAAAUAAGAUCGAGAAAACCUAGAGGCCAACCCAAUAUUAAUGUCCAUUCCUGUUGUGAAUGAGUGACGGCUCAAGAGAUGUAACUAGGGGUAGCAAUUCGCGUUCGCACGUCGAGUUUAUGUCGUAUCACAACAUAGGUAUAAGAAUAUAUAGGUCAACCAUAACAUGAUUAACUUAAUUAAACGGGUCAAAGCCCUCAAUCCGAACCUACUAAUUUCGUGUUGGAUUUGUAUCAGCUUCGCAGAUUGUAUCAAAAAUUGUCAACCCUAGAUGUAACACCAUUUACACCAAACCCACCUCUUUGCCUGCAAAAGCAAGCAAUUUCUGCCAAACACUGAUAUUGUACUUGGACAUCAGUUUCGAGACCAGCCAUCCACAAAAAUUUAUGUGCAUAUAGUAAAAUACAUGAGCUGCCCUUUUAAGUUUCAUCGUUUCACUAAUAAUUGACCGGGAAAAGAUAUUAAUAAACCCUAGACGUGAUGUAAUUAAAAUGUUUACCCUGGUAGGACCGCAACAACGUCAAAAAUGUACUUCUAGAGAAGAACCAGGAUGCAAAAAUACUGGUGUCUUCAGUGGAAAAUGUACUUCAGAAAAGACCCCUCACAUUUCACCUGAGUUUCAUCAAAUUGCACCUCAGGUUUAUCUUCAGCAUGUAUAGUGUCUAUGCUAUACAAACUACAAAAAAUAUUUUAUUUUUAUGUUAAGUGAAACUAUGGACAUUAGUUCACCUAAACUGGCUACUGAGUGAGCCCCCUUGCUCAUUGAAAAGCCCAGAAAGAAAAAGCCAGGCUUUACCUGAGAGCAGAAGAGGGGGGAUCUGAUUACAUGUUAUUGAUUGGAAACAAACAAGAAGAGAUCCUAGAACGUACAUAUUUGAGCUUAAAUCAACUUUCAUGAUAUGUGGUUGCCUAUUUUUUGUAGUUGACCAACAGAAUAGCCUAGCAUACAGAUUUUGGGCAACACAAUCACAUCAAUAAUUAGCGAAUAUACUGUGUAUGUUGUUUACAAUCAAAACAAUAGAAGUGUCAUGAUCGAUGUUUGUAUUUGUAAUCCUUAAUAAACUUAUGAAAGGAGGUACCUUUCAGAAAAGAAGUGUGUUGCACUUAUUUUGGAUGCUAGUUAGAAUUCAUUAUCAAGUAGAAUUUGAAAACAGCCUAGUAUUGGUCUUCAGGGCUGCAAAUUGCUCUGAGAUACCUUGAACCACUAUGUAUUCAGUGUACUUAUCUGAUAAUAUUUGAGUGCUGUGGAAGCCUAAUUUCUGCUACUAGAAAGUUCAGAAGAUAUUAAUUUCACCACAGUUGUUGCAUCUGCUGCUCCCCUGAUCCUAACAAGAAGUUACUUCUGAUAAUUUCCAGAGAGACAUAAAACCCAUGUAAACACUUCAUCAUUUCAUACCUUAAUUUGGUUGCUAUGAAAUCUAUAUUGAGAUCUGAAAUUGAAUUCUACUUUAUCCAACAUUCCCAUAAAAUGCAUAACACGUUAAGACUAUCAGUUUGUUUCUAGAUAUUGGUAUCUGGUUUACUUUUUCUUUUUUUUUUUAACAAAAAAAAAAAAAACAGAGAUAAGUGGAUUAUACCAAAGCACAACCUAGUCCAAGAGUUAGAUUAUACCAAAGCUAAGUGGCUAAUCUUUUCAAGCCAUAUUACCAAGGAUAAGAACAAUUCCUGUUUUACAAGCUGCAUUUUUGUCUCUCUAGAACCUCUAUUAUUCUCUUUGGCUGGGGCUAUAUUACAUGCACCCCAUUCAGUUAGUGGAAGUGUGGUGACAUACAGAAUGAUGCAAGCUCUAGUGGAUAGGCUCGUACCAUUGCUUCUGCAGCAACUACUACAAGAUUAUGACAGAUGGGUUCAUCAGCAAUUGGAG